UGUGGUGAAUAUCUCAAGCUGUCAUCAAGCAGUAGAAAACGUAAACAAGGCUGUCUUCUCGUUCUUUUCUCCUGAAUAUCAAGCAUUUAAGCCAGCGAUAAAGGGUGAUUCACGAUGGGGCGCGCUGAGGUGGGUACUCCCAAGUACCUGGCCAACAAGAUGAAGGCCAAGGGACUGCAGAAGCUGCGCUGGUACUGCCAAAUGUGCCAGAAGCAGUGCAGAGAUGAGAAUGGCUUCAAGUGCCACACCAUGAGCGAAUCCCACCAGCGGCAGUUGCUGCUCUUCGCCGACAAUUCGCGGCGCUACAUCGAUGACUUCUCGCGGGAGUUCGCCAAGGGCUACACGGAGAUCCUGCGACGGCAGUUCGGCACGAAGCGCGUGGCGGCCAACAAGGUGUACCAGGAGUACAUCACGGACAAGAAUCACCUGCACAUGAACGCCACGAAGUGGCUCUCGCUCACGGGCUUCGUGCUGUGGCUGGGCAAGACGGGGCAGUGCGUUGUGGACGAGACGGAGAAGGGCUGGUACAUCACGUACAUCGACAGGGAUCCGGAGACGAUUGCGCGCCAGGAGAAGAUGGCGAAGAAGCAGAAGAUGGACAAGGAUGACGAGGAGCGUCUGCAGGAGUUCAUUGAGAAGCAAGUGGAGAAGGGCAAGAAGGAUGUGCCCGGCUGUAGCACAGCCAGCGACGAUACCAAGGAGUUUGUGCGCGAGAGUGAGGACGAGAAGAUCAAGCUGAACAUCAAUUUGACGAAGAAGAGCAAGUCAGAGGCCGUCUUCAAGACGCCACUCAGCUUCUCUCGGCCAGGCGAGGCGAAGCGACAGCGCAAAGAGCGCGACGAGGGCAGGAGAGUGUCGGCUCUGGAUGAGAUCAUGAAGAUUGAGGAGUCGAAGAAGGAGACGAGCAAUAGGAAGAGCUACUGGCUGUGCGAGGGAAUUGUCGUGAAGAUCGUGAGCAAGUCCAUUGGCGAUGGGCGGAUGUACAAGGAGAAGGCCGUCGUGCAGGAGAUGCUGGACAAGUACAGGGCGAAAGUGAAGCUGCUGGAGACCGGAGAAAAGGUGGCCGUGCACCAGGACGACGUGGAGACGGUCAUUCCGCAGAUUGGCAAGGAGAUUCUCAUCCUCAACGGCGCCUAUCGAGGCUCCAGAGCACUGCUCAAGAGCCUCCAGGAGGAUGACUACUGCGUCACCGUGGAAAUCACACGAGGACCUCUGACAGGACGCCAGAUCAGCAACAUUCAAUAUGAGGACAUAAGCAAACUGUACUGAAGAUUUUGGGGAUAAAAAUAAAGAACUGGGUUUGAGUCUCCACUAAGAAAUCUUGCAUUUUUCAUCAUUAUUUUAUUUCAUACUGCAUUUUUAGAUUCAUUAUAAAUAGUUUUGUUUCUCCUCGUGACAUUCUCUAAGAUGUUUGCAUGUUGGAAAAAAGAAAUCAAAAGCUUUCUAUACAUCAAUGUAAAUUCCCUCCAUUUCUUUUGGCUGGAAAACUUUCCAACCAGAGAAUAAAAAAAAAGAAAA